AUGGGCUUCGUGAGCCGCACAGAGCUUUACUUCGGUUCGAUUGGCCCAGUGUUCAGGGUCCGAGCUCGAGUGGAGCUGGGGGAUGGCCUAUCUAGCCCCCACCCUACCCCCCUACCCCCCAAACCCCUAACCCCCACCCCAUCCUCUCAGGUUCGAUACGUGUUGAAGAACUUGGUGCGUGACUGGUCGGCAGAGGGUGAGGCCGAGCGAACGAUGUCGUAUGGCCGGAUUCUGGACGAGCUUAAGGUCAUUUUCAAGGACUGGUCGCCCCCGGGGUCCCCCCGGCCCCCCCGGGUGCUAAUUCCGGGGGCGGGUCUGGCUCGCCUGUGUGUGGAGGUGGCGGCGCUGGGCUACGAGGCGCAGGGUAAUGAGUUCAGCUACUUCAUGCUGCUGGCCUCCUCCUUCAUUCUGAACUACACCUCCGAGCGGCACCAGUUCACUGUGCACCCCUGGCUGCACUCCAACUGCAACCACCUAACUGAUUCGGACCAGCUGCGGGGGGUGGCCGUACCGGAUGUCGUACCGGGGGAGAUGGUGGCUGGGCAAGGACUGCUGUCCAUGUGCGCUGGGGACUUCGUGGAAGUCUACUCCGCCCCCGACAUGAGGGGGUUGUUCGACUGUGUGGUGACGUGUUUUUUUAUUGACACGGCACACAACGUGCUGAGGUACCUGGAGGUCAUCUCGCACACGCUGGCCCCGGGGGGCAGCUGGAUAAACCUGGGGCCGCUGCUGUACCACUGGGCGGACGCACAUACAUACCUACCAACUCCGGAGCUAUCCGUGGAGCUCUCCCUGGAGGACAUCCGGGAAGCCGCCAGGGCCAUGGGCUUCCGACUUGUACGGGAGGAGAACCUGGACGUGCCGUACAUGGCCGACUACCGCUCCAUGUACAAAACUGUGUACCAGGCGGUGUUCUGGACCAUGGUGAAGGAGCGGGAGUGUGAGCACCAGCAGCAGCAAACACCGCCCCAGGCACCGGCACCAGCAGUGCCACCACCACCACCACCACCACCGCCGCGGCCGCGCUAG